CUCUCUCUUCUCUUCUUCCCUCCAAACUCUCCUUCCAAACCCUCCCCAAAAAUCAAAAUCCACCUUCAAAAACCUCCACUUCUCGGCGGAAAUGGGGAAAGACGAGGACGAAAUGCGCGGUGAAAUCGAGGAGCGCCUGAUCAACGAGGAGUACAAGAUUUGGAAGAAGAACACCCCGUUCCUCUACGAUCUGGUCAUCACGCACGCCCUCGAGUGGCCCUCCCUCACCGUCGAGUGGCUGCCCGACCGCGACGAGCCGCCGGGGAAGGACUACUCCGUGCAGAAGAUGAUCCUCGGCACCCACACCUCCGAGAACGAGCCCAAUUACCUGAUGCUGGCGCAGGCGCAGCUGCCCCUCGAGGAUGCCGAGAAUGACGCUCGCCAGUACGACGAUGAGCGCUCUGAAUUCGGCGGAUUCGGCAGCGCUAAUGGCAAGGUGCAAAUUAUCCAGCAAAUUAAUCAUGAUGGCGAGGUGAAUCGUGCUCGCUAUAUGCCUCAGAACUCAUUUAUUAUUGCCACCAAGACUGUUAGUGCAGAAGUUUAUGUCUUCGAUUAUAGCAAGCACCCAUCUAAGCCUCCCUUGGAUGGUGCGUGCAACCCUGAUUUGAGGCUUAGGGGACAUAGUACCGAGGGAUAUGGUUUAUCGUGGAGCAAUUUCAAGCAAGGCCAUUUAUUGAGUGGUUCAGAUGAUGCCCAAAUAUGUUUAUGGGAUAUAAAUGCAACUCCAAAGAAUAAGGCUUUAGAUGCCAUGCAAAUUUUCAAGAUUCACGAAGGAGUGGUUGAAGAUGUAGCAUGGCAUCUGAGGCACGAACACUUGUUUGGAUCUGUUGGAGACGAUCAGUAUUUGCACAUAUGGGAUCUCCGUAAUCCAGUAAUGAGCAAGCCUGUACAAUCUGUAGUUGCUCAUCAGAGUGAGGUAAACUGCUUAGCCUUCAAUCCGUUUAACGAGUGGGUUAUAGCAACCGGAUCUACUGACAAGACUGUUAAAUUAUUCGAUAUGAGAAAGCUUUCUACUGCCCUCCACACCUUUGAUUGCCACAAGGAGGAGGUAUUCCAGGUUGGAUGGAAUCCGAAGAACGAGACCAUCUUAGCUUCUUGCUGUCUUGGUAGAAGAUUAAUGGUCUGGGAUCUCAGCAGGAUUGACGAAGAACAAACACCAGAGGACGCAGAGGAUGGGCCACCAGAGUUGCUAUUCAUCCACGGUGGCCAUACAAGCAAGAUAUCAGACUUCUCGUGGAACCCGUGUGAGGAUUGGGUUGUUGCUAGUGUGGCUGAAGAUAAUAUACUACAGAUUUGGCAGAUGGCGGAGAACAUCUACCACGACGAAGAUGAUCUGCCCGGAGACGACGCUCCCAAGCCCUCCUAGUUCACAACUGACCAAGAUAUCCAUACAUGUACUAUGUUGUGGUAAUUAAUUCGGCUUUGAUGUAUCAUUAACUUUGAGUAUUUAAAUCACCUUUUGAUGUUAAACUAAUUUUCCAUCAAGCUAA